AUGGCUCUUACUCAACCGUCAACUUCGGAGAGGACGAUCCGCAAAAUUGACAUUGCCCAGGUGUCCCUUAGCCUCCAGGAUCGGUUAGGCCUCGCCAAAGUCAAGUAUCAGAACGGACGUCUACAGGCACUCGGACCAAACCAUAAUGGCGGAAUACAGGUGUGCUUGGGAAGUGACAGGCCGUCGGAUUCUUCGUCGGAGGUCUCGCACAGUCGGAGUGAAACCCCAUUGACUCCGCCUCCCUUGCCAAACUCGUCAUAUUCCAAGGAGCUCCCUCGAUCGUCUCGGAAUAGACAUGCAGCAACUUUCGAUUCAAAGGCAAUGCAGCCUAUGCUGUCUGCCAGCCGAAAGCGUCUGCGAUCCGACUCGAUUACAGAUCGUACGGUCAAAGCCCCCCGGGUGUCUUGGAAGAGUUCACACCACCUGCCCGAAUCGUCUCCAGGCUUCAACCGACAGCACCUGAACCGACACCUUCCCCUCCCCUUCAUGUCAGAUAUCCCCGAGUAUUCCUCACCGGCGUAUCCUCAUCACUCAGAAGACGACAAUGACCCCGACCUCCCCGUUCACAGUUUUCAGCAUGUCAGCUCGAUGGCAGGCUCUUCACCUCCCCGCACGCCUCCUCCCAAGCACGCCCGUCUAUCCCGGAACGACCGACAAUUGCGGCAUGCAGACGGAGCAGAUUUGCUUCUGUACCUGGCCAAUUCCCCAACACCAGCCAAGUCUCAGCAGGUGCGGGAUUUCCCACCGUCGACUCCUCCGAGCCAGCACGCCGCUCUGCCCUCGUUGACCCCGACUCCUGGCGGCGGCGGCGUCUUCCCCAACUUCGGUACCCCGAACCAACAGUUCAACUUUGCCGACUUUGUGAAUGUGACACCCAGUCCGGCACAACCUCCCUGGGGCGGUCGCACGCCUGGAGGGCCCUCGAAAACACCCCUUGCCAACAAGGAGCGAAAGAGAUCUAAUCUCGACGGCCUGCUGCCGCCGAGUACGGACAGCCCGAGGAACCGCGGAAAGGGGCCUGCCAUGGUCCUCCAACUCGGUGAAGAGCUGCGACCGGAAAAAAGCAAAUAA